AUGUAUCUAAAAGUCUGGACAGCUGCAAUGAAAUACAUCAAAUCAUAAUCUGAUAAAGGAAGAAUUGUUGACUCUAAGAUAGUAGGGUAAUUCAUGAAAUAAGAAGGGAGUCUUUUUCUAUAUAUGCCUUCACAAGAAUUGCUAGAGAAUUGUAAGAUCAGAUUAUCUACUAACUCUGAAAAUCAGCCUUAACAAUAGAUAAGACAGUUUGAACUGCUUUAGAAGAGAUAAUUUGGAAGUAAUAUAAUCCUAAAUCUUAGAUUCGGUAGCUUGAAUUUUUCAAAGAAUGGAGAGGCUGAAUUUAAGACAUAUACUUUGGACAAUAAUCCAAAUUAUGGUGAAGAUAAUUAGUCUUAGUACUCUUAUAAGUCUAGAGUAACCUAGUCAUAAGCUCGUUCAUAGCAAUAAACUAUUGAUAAUAAUCUUAAGAACCUCUAGAGUAUGCAAUAUAACGGAGGAAAUGGAGGUUUAACAAAUGGAUAAAAGACUAGCAUAGUAAAUUCAUAUGCGAAAAAGAGAAACGAUAGCAUGGCAAUGAGUAGAAAGGCAAAUGAUUCAUUAAUGAGGGAUAAAUCUCCUAAUUAGGGACAUAACAACAGUAACAACAAUUUUUAAUCUCCCGAGUCAAAGAAUCACCAGUACUUGCAAGAUUUUUUGAAUACACAAUAAAAAUACUUUAAAAGUGAAUAUGGAAAGACAGAGGGCAUAGCAAAAAAGGACAGCAAAGAAUGCUUAAGUCAGCACAGUACUUCAGCAUCUAAAAAGAAUCUGGGUCGUUAAAAUAACAACUAAAUAAUCGAAUAGUUAUAUAAUUUAAAAAAGUAAAAUCUCGAUAAAGACCAAAUAAGGGAAAAAGCAAAUCAUAUACAUCAGACAUAAAUUAAUCAAAUGAGAAAUCAAAUAUAUUCUCAAGGAAGAGAGGCACUUCAUUCCAACAACAAUAAAAGAGUACGAAAUGGCAAUAUUGAUCAACUGGCAUCAGCUUACUCUGAUGGCAACAAUAUGAAGAUUGGGAGCCCUUAGAAUAAUAGCCAGAAUAGAGCUAAUUUGUCGGCAAUGCUACCUAAUCCUAAUGACAGAUUUGGAGAAUAUAAGAAACAAUCAAUUGAAAACAGAUUAGGCAGCUCGCAGAAUAGCAACCUGAAUAGAACAUUCUUUGGCUAAAAUUAUGAAUAGUCACCAUAGCAAUCACAGAACUAGUUUUAAACACAGUCUCAAUUCUUUUAGUCAUAUAAAUCAUAAGAUCCAAAACUAAAUCUUUCUCUUGGCUAGUAUUCUUAACAUUAUCCAGCAUUCCUAAGAUCAAAUGGUCCGUUUUAAGUAUACAAUCAUCAUAAAGUUAAAGGUGACCAAUACUAUGAUAAUAACAAGCGAGCAAAAGAAGAAGCCAAAAAGAGACUUAAAGAUUAAUUAGAGGGAAUAAAGCAGACUAGAUAGCAGCAAAAGGAGGUUUUUCACAAGCAGAUUGUUGAUUAAGAGGAGCAUUUUUAGAUUCAAUAAAAUAUGAAGAGACUUAAUAAUGUUGAGAACUUGAUGUAUAUCUAGAUGUAAAUUGAAAGCCAAAAGAAAAAGAAAGAGUUAGAUUAGUAUGAGAGAGUCUAAAUUUAUGCUAAACCUCAUUUUGGUCCUGAAGAAACAGAGGACAUAAUGCUGCAUCACUAUUCGGCUAAGAAGAACUAGCAAGAGCAGGUGAAGAAUAGUUUGCUAGAUUAAAUCAAGAUACAAAAGGAGGUAAAGCAUAUUGAAAACUAGGAAGAGAAACAGUGUGACCUUAAAAAUUUAUAAUUGACCUAGACAAUAUAAGUCUAAGAGGAAAGAAGGAAAAGAUUGAUGGAAGCUGAGAAUAAGAAAAAAUUAAGAAAGGCUUGGAUUGAUCAGAUGAAUGUAAAGAAAACUGCAAAGGAAUACGACAAUAUAUUUUAGUGA